AGAGGAGACCUGCCUGCUGGGGCUGCUGGCGUCAUCAGUAUGAUGACCACAACACCGCACUGGUUACAGCGGACAGGCGUUGGACCAUGUGCUUGCGCCCUCCUGUUCAGCCUGUACAAUGUGUUCUCCGUGUCCUCUCUCGCGCUCUCGUUUUCCUAUGGCCCUUUCUCCUCCCACCAUCAGCCUCCUCCCCUAAGCGGCUUGCCUCUUUGUCCUUCCAAGUCCAUCCAUCACCUUGAUUCGAGACGCUCAGCAUUAUCCUUCCUUUCCUUUGCUCCCCUAUGCACCCAACUUCGUCCGGCUUCAUAUCCUUCACAUCCCUUCCAUCGCCUUGCCCAAACCUGAAUUUCGAAUCGUCACGCUCCCUUCCAUUAUCGCUCCUUGACGAGCACAUUUGAUCGUAUUGCUCCCGCCGGCCGAAGAUCUCGCACGGUUCACAACCAUGGUCAAGUUCAGCACCGGCUUCGCCCUCCUCACCGUCGUCUCGGGCGUCGCAGCGUCCUCGUCCUCCACUAAGCAGCCCUUCAACGCUAUAGCAGAGGACUUAAGCUACCUCUUCGACACCCAAGUUCCCGGGCCUGACAGCGCCAGGAGCGUUGUCCAGCGGCACAGGGCGUUCCAACAACGAAAUAAGCAAGCUCGCACCAGGAACGACCAUCUCGCCAAGCGGCAAUCGGUCAACCCGCUCCCGCACUCUGGCACCAUUCCAGCAGCCGGAGGAACAUCCAAGAAUGGCAAGCCGUACCCUCCAGCAGGCGCGAUUGCGCCCAAACGUAGCACGUUGCCCACGGCCUGGGUUACCAGGUACCAGGCCAAAAAGGAGGCAGGCCUGAUCCCAGACAUUCCGCAGUCCAAGCUGGACGAAAAGACCGGAACGCUGAAGUAUCCUUCCAGCGUCGACGUGUCCAAGGUAUGCAGCUGGACCUUGACCAACUGCAACGACGGCGACAUUUGGCUCUCGCCUCAGGGCAAAACAGCCAUUACGUUCGAUGAUGGUCCGACGCAAUAUUCGGCCGACUUGAUCAAUUUCCUCACACAGGAGAAGCAAGCCACGACACAUUUUUUGAUCGGAAGCUCGAUCCUGAACCAGCCGGAUGGUAUGCACGCGCUUGCUAGCCAUGACCUCGCACAGCUCGGAGUGCAUACAUUCAGCCACACACUGCAGACGACGAAGUCGGACUUGCAGAUCGUCGGUGACCUCGGCUGGACAAUGCAGCUGAUCUACGAGUGGACGGGAAAGGUGCCGAUGUACUGGCGCGCGCCGGAGGGCGAUCUGGAUGCGCGCGUGCGCGCGAUCGCCAAGCAAGUCUUUGGCCUGCAGAGCGUCAUGUGGAACCGUGACGCGGAUGAUUGGUGCCUCAAGGAUGGCGGCGGUAGCGAGAACAGCAUUCACAAGUGCAGGACAGUCACGUAUGACGACGUCGUCGCCGAGUACAAAGCCUGGGCGCACAAUUCGUCACUCGAGGGCACCAACACGCUCAUGCACGAGACCAAGGACCAGACCAUCAAGGCGUUCAAGGAGUACUAUGGCUUCCUCAAAGCGUCGAAGUACAAGAUGGGCGCCGUCGCUUCAAUCAUCGGCGCGCCGUGGUACCAGAAUCAGAUGGGUCCGACGGACCCGGUAGAAGAAGCAAAUUCGAUCAUCCCGCAGCGGGAGGCGAUGAACUACACCGAUGGCGGUCUGCACACCGUCGGCUCCGCGGGCGGAGCGGCCCUCGGCGACUUUAGCCAACUCAAAACUACCACCAUCUCUCCCUCGUCUGGCUCGGGCUCCAGUGCCGCCGGGCUCAACAGCGGUGCAGCUGCCGACGGCACGAGUAGCAAUGGCAGCAGUGGCUCAGCGUCUACCUCGGCUGCUGGGCGUGCAAAUGGCUGGAUGACCGUGCAGGUGUAUGCUCUGGCUGGCCUCAGCGUUGGCACGGCUUCUGCUGCACUCAUCUUCGGUCUCUGAUUGGAGAGCAUGUCGACCACGGCCCUCAGUCUCUAUUCCUUCUCUGUCCGAGCGGAGGACCCUAUUUCGGCUUCAUUAACCGACGUACAUGUUUCCUCGACGGUUUCCAACACAUGUCGCACAUGCACUGGCUUGCAUGACCGCAUUCGCUUAUUCACAACGAACAAUCUUUAUCACGCACGCAUACAUGAAAUUAGACCGUGGAAUGUCAGAAGGGCCAUGGCCUUCGCAAGCAUUUGAUUCGUCUCUCGUUCAUAUAAAUACAUUCGCUCGCUGUUCGAUCACAGUCAUCACUCCAAUGUCACACUCUCAAGAAAAGUAUCCUGCCACCAUCUGUCGUGGUUGAUGAUCAGGUUGGGAAAAGUUUGCCAGUGCAUUACACUGUGACCUCCGUUCCGCCAAGGGCGCAACCGACGCACCCAUGGAUAAAAAAGAAAGUAGUAGAAAAAAGAAAGAAAAUGCAAGUCUC